AUGUUCACUUCGGUCGUUCUGGCCUUAGUGUUUCUCAUUCUGGUGGCCAAGCGCGGGCUUGUCGCUUCCGGAAAUAUCACCAUCGAUAUCAACGAGCAAAAGACCGUUGAGGUUCCCACCGGCGGGAAACUACUCGGCGCACUUUCGGAGCAAGGCAUCUUCGUCUCAUCCGCUUGCGGCGGUGGUGGCACCUGUGCCCAAUGCAUUGUGAAAGUUCUCGACGGCGGUGGAGACAUACUGCCGACCGAGCGCUCGCACAUCAAUAAGCGCGAAGCUCGCGAAGGCUACCGGCUUUCGUGCCAGGUUGCGGUCAAACAAGACAUGAAAGUCGAGGUGCCUGAAGAGGCGCUCGAGACCAAGAAGUGGCAGUGCAAGGUUCGCUCGAAUCGCAACGUCGCCACCUUCAUUAAAGAGUUUGUGUUGGAACUUCCCCCUGGGGAGCAGGUGAACUUCAAGCCUGGCGGUUACAUCCAGAUUGAAGUGCCACCGCACGAACUCGAUUACAAAGAUUUCGCGAUUGAAGAAGAGUACCACGGCGACUGGGACACGUACGACGUCUGGCGUUACAAGUCGGUUGUGGAAGAGCCGGUGGUGCGAGCUUAUUCGAUGGCAAACUAUCCGGGCGAACAGGGCAUUAUCAUGCUCAACGUUCGUAUUGCCUCGCCACCUCCACGAGCACCAGAGGACGUGCCACCGGGUAAGGUCUCGUCCUACAUCUUCAACUGCAAGCCGGGCGACGAGGUCACCAUCUCGGGUCCCUACGGCGAAUUCUUCAUAAAAGAUACCGAUGCCGAAAUGGUCUACAUCGGCGGUGGUGCGGGUAUGGCUCCCCUGCGGAGCCACAUCUUCGAGCUGUUCAAGAACCUGAAGACCGGACGGAAGGUGUCUUACUGGUAUGGCGGCCGGAGCCUCCGCGAGUUGUUCUAUGUCGAGGAGUUCCGCGAGAUUGAGAAGGAAUUCCCGAACUUCACGUUCAAUAUCGCACUGUCCGAUCCAGCGGAGGAAGACAACUGGACCGGCUACACCGGCUUCAUUCAUCAGGUGUUGCUGGAAAACUACUUGAAGGACCAUCCCGCGCCCGAAGAUAUUGAAUACUACAUCUGCGGUCCACCGAUGAUGAACGCGGCGGUAUUCAAGAUGCUGGAUGAUUUGGGAGUCGAGCCCGACAACAUCGCGUACGACGAUUUCGGCGGCUGA